AUGGAACUCGAACUCGAACUCAAACCAGUCACUCCAGAUGAAAGUACCAUCUGCGCAAAUUGCCACACAACCACUACCCCUCUCUGGAGAAGGGAUAUGCUGGGAAAGACGAUCUGUAAUGCCUGCGGCUUGUAUUACAAGCUUCAUCGGGUACAUCGCCCGGCAACCAUGAUGCGCACCGUCAUCAAACGUCGCAAGCGC